AUGUCUACAGAACCAGAUCUUGGCGGCUAUGAGGCUGACAUGAGCAUAUCUGUAUCAGACACGGACAGUUGCUCUGAUCCGCCUCUGAUGAACUUAUUGGAUAAUAUUUUCUUCAAUCUUUUUUCCCACUUGCUCCAAAGCAAGCAACUUGUGACACUAUCACAACUUAGAUGUCCUACAAAGGACCCUGGCAGUACUACGGAGCCCGAGAGUGAUGAACCAACAACCCCCCUCGCACCUACCUCCAUCAUAGCCCCAAAAUACGACCCUGGCAGUACUAUGGAGCCCAAGAGCGAUGAACUGACAACCCCCCUCGCACUGUUCUGA